AUGAAAUCGUGCUCACAUGAUAUUUACAACAAUUUUGGCAACCACGGUGACUUGGGAUCAAGUUUAAGAACGGAUUUGCCGCAUGCAAAAGUCACGAAUAAUUAUCGUUUUUUUGAGGUUUCAGAUCAAGAUGAAUUGCAACAAUACAAUUUUGAAUUAUUUAGCCCAGAAAUUUCGAAUUUCACUUUUGACGCGCAAUUCUCAUAUGCCUCUGGUGAAAUGUCACCGAAUUUGUUGGAAAAUAACGCCUACAACUUGGGACAAGUCAAUGAAGAUCAAUUCCUAACAGAUUAUUCUGGCACGAUAACUCCAAUUUUUACUUCUACCAGUGAAAAAGAAGAAACCCUGUCAUUUGAAGUGUUGAAAAAUAUCGAUAACUUGGGACAAUCUUCUCAAAGUCAAUACCCUGGAAAUUUUCAAAUUUCUUCCAGGCACGCUACAGAGUUUCGUAGUGAGUUUCCCUGCAACAAUGAACAAUUUCUUCCGAUUCAACACUCAACGGAUUUUUUUUACCCAACAACUUUAUAUUCCUAUACCGACAAUGGCCUAUCACCAAAUGCAUUGUUUGAUGAUUCACAAGGUCAACGCUCAAAAGACCUUUUGUGUCAAACAACUUUACAUUCUAUUUCCAUGGAACAGAGUGAACGUGAUGCAUACGUAAAAGUAAACCAAUUACCUGGUGCGUUGUCUGGAAAGUAUCCCCACCCAACGGUGCAAAACAAACAAAAUACCUAUGAAAAAAUAGCAACAUUGGAAAACCGCAAGGAACGACAUAAAUGCAAUAUCUGCGGAAAAUCUUUCACGGGUCCAUGCGCAUUGCAAAUUCACGGCAUCUCGCAUACAGGAGAAAAACGUAAGCGUUCAAAUGUUUAUUUGAGGGAUGUGGAAAACGUUUCGGAUAUAAAA